CAAAAAAUCAAUAAUUGAAAACAAUAAAAACAUAUACAUGUAAAACAAAUAAAACAUUCAAAUUCAUAAGUAAUUAUUAUCAAUUUAGACGCAAUUCAAUCAAUAGUAUUGAAAUGGAUGAAAAUUUGCGACGAAUGAGUGCUGCCAACCCUUUUGCUUCCCUUUUUAGGGGGGUCAGUCAAGACAGUUUCAGCAACAAUUUUGAAACCUCUGAACCUUCCUUGAACGAUCAACUAGAGGAAUUAUUCAGUUUUACUUUGAACGAAAAGGCCAUUCUUACAAAAGAGAUUCUGUAUUUAGAAGAAAUCUCCAAAGAACUCGACACCACAAUAUUAACAAUGGACAACAUAGAUCAAGCCCUAUUCGAGCGACUCUUCAUGUGCCAAAAAGACAACCCAAACCUGAUUCAAAAUAAACGUCUCGGCUUCAGAAAUCAGCACGCAAUAGAAAUUCAACCCAUCAAAUACCUGUACAAAAGUUACAUAAAGUUGCACACAAAUCUUCACUUGAAAGCUGAACACCGAUUAUCAAUCAAAGAUAAAAUAAUACAGAACGUUGUCACUGCGAUAUUCCAGCCAGAUAUUUAUCCGGAUCAAGAUUUAGAACACCAAAUGAUUGAUUUAUUGAAAGAGGGUGGAGCGCAUCAUGAUACGUUUUUCGUUGAAGCUGCUAGAAAGAUGUUAGACGAAGAAAAUAAUGAUGACAUAAUUCUGACUUCAUUUAUUGACCAAAUGAAUCGCAAAGUCACUGCAGAGCUUAUGAAAAGUUCUCUAGUUAACUUGGACUAUAGCAUUUUCAACUAUUUCAAUGUCUUUACGUCAAACGAUUAUUUAGCUGAAAUUUUCAUGGAUUGCUGUGUUCCUUACGAGUUGCACAAAGGGUCAGAGUAUGCUAAUACACCAAUAGGAGCUUUAUUUAAUUUGUCUGUACUUCCCAAAGACUCUAGACAGGCUUAUGAGCAUUUUAGUAGCCCUACAGAUCAGACUGGAAAUGCUAGACUUGAAGGAUUACUGUGGAGUAGUCAAGACAAACUCAACGACUACAUGCACCAGUUUUUGCUGGUCUUAUUAAAACGUAAUAAUAUUGUUAAAAAUAAAGUAUUGACUUGGUUUGGGGGUUGCCUUAAGUACAAUUCGGUGCGAGGAAAAUUGUGGAACAUGAAUCAGUCUCCACCUCAUUUGUACCCAAAUGAAAACAAUAAUUCUCCAGUUUCUGAUGGAUUUAUGCUUAAUUUUGGUAGCAUAAUGCUACGUUUGUGUAGGCCGUUUUGUUCUAAUUAUAAGGAUGGCAGAAUUUUGAAAGUCGAUCCUACUUAUCCUGCAGUACCUUCUAUCAAUGAUGGUUCUGAUGCAUCGUCCAAAGGCAUCCAUAUGUCUGGAUUAUCAGCAGACACUUGCUUUAUUCCAAUGGACAGCAACGAUGGUUUGGAAGAAACAAGACAAACUGCUGAAAAAUACAACUUUAUUACGGAAUGCUUUUUUAUGGCUCACAAGGCUGUAGAUUUAUCUUUCAGGGUUGCCGUGGAUCAGAUGAUGAACUUGAAUAUUGAAAUUGGUAGGCUGGAGAAGGCUUAUAAGGAUGCUGUGCAGCAAGCAGGUCACCAUUCGGAUGUGGCAUCAGCUUUAAAUCAACGGCUAAUGGCAGAAUAUACCAAAUUCUUAUCAUUGAAAUGUGUAUUAUCAGAACCGCAUCUGUUGAAAGACAUGUUCGAUUUCACAUCGGCCACCAGCUACUGGUUAUCUCAAGUGGCCAUCAACACCGAUAUUUCCGAAACGGAAAAUGCCACAUUUGCUCCAUUGGAAGAACGAGACAUUACUUUUCCUCUACCCAUCAAAAUUCCGUUUACACUGAAAUGCAUUCCAGAAUUCCUUGUAGAAAAUCUAGUAUCAUAUUUAGUAUUUUUGCGUCGCUACAGCAUUAGAACUUUCGAAGAAAUGGGCUACGAUAAAAUGUCGCCUGUUUUAACUUUUCUCCUGAUUUACAUGGGCUCGCCUGAUCACAUGAAAAAUCCCCACGUUAGAGCCAGGCUGGCCGAAGGCCUAGAAUCCCUGUUGCCCCAUCACAAAGACGAAAUUGCCGAAGUGGGCGGGUUUCAGAGGGAGUUGGUCUUCACCCAGCAUCCUCGACGCAUGGAAAUUGUCAAAAUGCUCAUGAGCGUUUUCGUGGGAAUUGAAAUGACCGGUCAAAGUGUUGAGUUUGAGCAAAAGUUCAAAUACAGGAGGCCUAUGUAUGCAAUUUUCGAUUAUUUGUGGGAAUUGUCUGAGCAUUCAAAUUGUUUCAAAGUUUUAGCUGAUGAAGCUGAAGCCAAUAUGGAAGCAGUACAUCCACCAUUAUUUUUACGUUUUGUUAAUUUACUAAUCAAUGAUGCCAUAUUUUUGCUUGAUGAAUCUUUAACCAAUAUGGCUAAACUUAAGGAAAUGCAAACUGCACAUGAAAAUGGUGAAUGGGACUCUUUAGGCUUCCAAGAAAGAACUCAAAACAUGAGCUACAUGCACCACAUUGGCAUGAUGGCACGGUUUGAUAAUGUUCUAGGCCGAGACACUAUAACCACCUUAGAAAAACUCACCUCAAAAAUUAGCUCCGUUUUCACGCAUCCUACAAUGGUAGACAGAGUAGCUGCGAUGCUAAACUAUUUUCUGCUAAACCUUGUAGGACCGAACCGCAAAAAUUUCAAAGCCAAGAAUCUAGAUGAGUACGCCUUCGAUCCAAAAGGCACCGUAUUAGAAAUAAUUAAAAUUUACGUCAACUUGAAAGAACAUGAUGGUUUUUGUUUGGCUGUAUCUCAAGAUGGUCGUUCGUACAGUCCUACUUUGUUUAAUUUGGCUGAAGAUGUUUUGGUGCGAGUGGGUGGUGGUAAUUUAUUGGGAGAACUGAAAGAUGUCGCCCAAAAAGUGGCUAGGAAAGCUGAGGAGUACAAAGCCAAUGAGGAAGCCAUGGCCGAAGCUCCAGAGCAAUUUUUAGAUCCUAUUAUGUCUACUUUGAUGAUGGAUCCUGUUAUUUUGCCUAGUUCCAAGCAAAUUGUUGAUAGGACAACUAUUGCAAGGCACCUCCUCAGUGACCAAUCAGAUCCAUUCAAUCGGUCACCUCUAUCAAUGGACCAAGUGAUUUCUGAUACUGCCUUGAAAACUGAAAUACACAAAUGGGUAAAAGAGAGGCAGCAGAAAAAUACAAAUUAGAUAUUGUUUAAGUGGAUGGUACAAAAAUAUUGUCUAGUGUAAAAGAAAAUCAUUCCAGAAAAAUUCAUUCUUCUAAGAUUAGUGUAUAUCUUAAACACAAAGCUGUUGUGCAAAAUAUAGUAGGUUGUUGUUAAAUUUAUUCAGUUAUUUAUUUAUGGUAUAAUUAUUGUUAGUGUUAGGUAUAUUGUUGUUAUCUGUGCAAAUAAAAAUUGUCUUCAGAA